GUUCCGGGUCUGUCACGUGACUCCUCGUCAGCACUAUGGCAGAAGCAGAGGAACAGGAAACCGGGUCUUUUGAAGAAUCUACCGAUGAGUCUGAGGAAGAAGAGAGUGAAGAGGAGCCCAAACUGAAGUAUGAAAGACUUUCCAAUGGGGUAACUGAAAUACUUCAGAAGGAUGCAGCUAGCUGCAUGACAGUCCAUGACAAAUUUUUGGCACUGGGCACACAUUAUGGCAAGGUUUAUUUACUUGAUAUCCAGGGGAACAUCACUCAGAAGUUUGAUGUAAGUCCUGUGAAGAUAAAUCAGAUUAGCCUGGAUGAAAGUGGAGAACACAUGGGUGUGUGUUCAGAAGAUGGCAAGGUGCAGGUGUUUGGACUGUAUUCUGGAGAAGAAUUUCAUGAGACUUUUGACUGUCCCAUUAAAAUCGUUGCUGUGCAUCCGCAUUUUCUGAGAUCCAGCUGCAAGCAGUUUGUUACUGGAGGGAAAAAGUUGCUACUGUUUGAACGAUCUUGGAUGAGCAGAUGGAAGUCUUCUGUUCUGCAUGAAGGGGAAGGGAACAUAAGGAGUGUGAAGUGGAGAGGCCAUCUGAUUGCUUGGGCCAAUAAUAUGGGUGUGAAGAUUUUUGACAUCACCUCAAAGCAGAGAAUCACCAAUGUGCCUCGGGAUGAUAUAAGUCUUCGCCCAGAUAUGUAUCCCUGCAGCCUCUGCUGGAAGGACAGUGUGACACUGAUUAUUGGCUGGGGGACUUCUGUCAAGGUAUGUUCAGUGAAGGAACGGCAUGCCAGUGAGAUGAGGGACUUGCCAAGUCGAUAUGUUGAAAUAGUGUCCCAGUUUGAAACGGAAUUCUACAUCAGUGGACUUGCACCUCUCUGUGAUCAGCUUGUUAUGCUUUCCUACUUAAAGGAGGUUUCAGAAAAAACGGAAAGAGAAUACUGUGCCAGGCCCAGAUUGGAUAUUAUCCAGCCGCUUUCUGAGACUUGUGAAGAGAUCUCUUCUGAUGCUCUGACAGUGAGAGGCUUUCAGGAAAAUGAAUGUAGAGAUUAUCACUUAGAGUACUCUGAAGGGGAAUCGCUUUUUUAUAUCGUGAGUCCAAGAGAUGUAGUAGUAGCCAAGGAACGAGACCAAGAUGACCACAUCGACUGGCUCCUCGAAAAGAAGAAAUAUGAAGAAGCUUUGAUGGCAGCUGAAAUUAGCCAAAAGAACAUUAAAAGACAUAAGAUUCUGGACAUUGGAUUGGCAUAUAUAAACCACCUGGUGGAGAAAGGAGAGUAUGAUAUAGCAGCACGCAAAUGCCAGAAAAUUCUUGGAAAAAAUACAGCACUCUGGGAAUAUGAAGUUUAUAAAUUUAAAGAAAUUGGACAGCUUAAGGCUAUUAGUCCUUAUUUGCCAAGAGGGGAUCCAGUUCUGAAACCACUCAUCUAUGAAAUGAUCUUACACGAAUUUUUGGAAAGUGAUUAUGAGGGUUUUGCCACUCUGAUCCGAGAAUGGCCCGGAGAUCUGUACAACAAUUCGGUGAUAGUUCAAGCAGUUCGGGAUCACCUGAAGAAAGAUAGUCAGAACAGAACCUUACUUCAAACCCUGGCAGAACUGUACACCUAUGACAAAAACUAUGGCAAUGCUCUGGAAAUAUACUUAACAUUAAGACAUAAGGAUGUUUUCCAGUUGAUCCACAAGCAUAAUCUUUUCAGUUCUAUCAAGGAUAAAAUCGUUUUAUUAAUGGAUUUUGAUUCUGAGAAAGCUGUUGACAUGCUUUUGGACAAUGAAGAUAAAAUUUCAAUUAAAAAGGUAGUGGAAGAAUUAGAAGACAGACCAGAGUUGCAACAUGUGUAUCUGCAUAAGCUUUUCAAGAGAGAUCAUCAUAAGGGGCAGCGGUACCAUGAAAAACAGAUCAGCCUGUAUGCUGAAUAUGAUCGACCAAACUUACUUCCGUUUCUCCGAGAUAGUACCCACUGCCCACUUGAAAAAGCUCUGGAGAUCUGUCAACAGAGAAACUUUGUAGAAGAGACAGUUUAUCUUCUGAGCCGAAUGGGUAAUAGCCGAAGUGCCCUGAAGAUGAUCAUGGAGGAAUUAAAUGAUGUUGAUAAAGCAAUUGAAUUUGCCAAGGAGCAAGAUGAUGGAGAGCUCUGGGAAGAUCUGAUUUUAUAUUCUAUCGACAAACCACCGUUUAUUACUGGCCUGUUGAACAACAUUGGCACACACGUUGACCCAAUUCUAUUGAUUCACCGUAUUAAGGAAGGAAUGGAGAUUCCCAAUUUGAGAGAUUCCUUGGUUAAAAUUCUGCAGGACUACAAUUUGCAAAUUCUGCUUCGUGAAGGCUGCAAGAAGAUUCUGGUAGCUGACUCUUUGUCUUUACUGAAGAAAAUGCAUCGAACUCAAAUGAAAGGCGUUCUGGUUGAUGAGGAGAACAUCUGUGAAUCGUGUCUUUCCCCUAUUCUUCCAUCAGAUGCAGCUAAGCCGUUCAGCGUGGUGGUCUUCCAUUGCCGGCAUAUGUUCCACAAGGAGUGCUUGCCCGUGCCCAGCAUGAACUCUCCUGCACAGUUCUGCAACAUCUGCAGCGCUAAGCACCGUGGACCAGGAAGUGCCAUUUUGGAGAUGAAAAAAUAGCUCUGUUCUGUUUGUCAGUCUCUUCCUCACCACUCUUUUGAAGAAGGUUUUUGCAACAACAGAAGCAUUUGCUGACACCAGUGCUGUUAAGAGAUUUGUACAUGUUUGUGUUAUGUUCAAAACAAGUUUCUUCAUCUUCACCUGUCUGCUAGAGGUUUCUCUUUGCAGUGGAUAAAGAUGUUAGGUUUCUGCCCAUUCAUGCCUUGAAAUAUUUGGGUUCAUGGUCAAUAUUUCAUCAUUUAUUUGUUUGGCUCAUUCUUUAUUUAGGAAUAGAAACAAGUCUGGGAGUUGGAAAUGAAUUUUUACAUCCUAGUAAAGUUGUCAGUCCAUAAAGUGCACUGUGGAGAGUUGUCCCCAGCCUUCUAAGCAUCACUAACACAUCUGUCCAGCCAGCUCCUGCAGCACUAGAUGGUGUUCCAUGUACUUUCCUGGCAACAAUUCUUACAUUCUGAGUUUGGCUUUUUUUCUAUAUAUCAUCAAUUGUGGUUAUCUUCUUCUUAAUAGGUGUUUAGUGAAACAUUGUGCAAAUUGUCACUUAUUCAAUGUCUGGGAAUAACAUGAGCAGGCUGACGUCAUGCAGUUUUAUGUUGACUAUUCACAUAUUCUAUGUGUCCUGAUGACUAGCAGUGUCUGACCGUGGCAUGCACUCAGCAUUUGUUGAUUGAAUAAAUGUUAGCUCUGCCCAUC